CGCUUUCUCUCCCAGCACGACUGCCAGCUGUGUAGUAGCCUACUGUCCACAUACAGCGGGGGUCUGAAGGCUACACUCAGCCUCACUGGUCAGACAGCAUCACAGCGAAAUUGAUCAGUCCUUAGUCUUGGUGUGCAUGCACUGAACGUUAUAUUAACCAUAAACUCGUUUUUUAGGACAAAAUAACAGUUUGGUAGACUUAGUUUUAUAGCUAGAUAGAUAUUUGUUAAAUUAUUUCUUUACAAUGGAAGGAAACAGGCAACUAAUCAGUCCCUUUCACCGACCACGGUGCCUGGCGGCGGCGGCACCUGGAGGAAAAGCCAAAUUAACUCACCCAGGGAAGGCGAUUCUAGCAGGUGGUAUAGCAGGGGGUAUAGAGAUCUGUAUCACCUUCCCUACUGAGUAUGUGAAGACUCAGCUACAGCUGGACGAGAAGGCCAACCCUCCCAAAUACAGGGGCAUUGGUGACUGUGUAAAGCAGACGGUACAGGGUCAUGGGGUGAGAGGACUGUACAGAGGACUCAGCUCACUGCUCUACGGAUCCAUACCCAAAUCAGCUGUCAGGUUUGGUGUGUUUGAGUAUCUCAGUAACCAUGCCCGUGACGAGGCAGGGAAGUUGAACAGCACCAGGGGUCUGCUGUGUGGGCUUGGUGCUGGAGUCAUGGAGGCUGUAGUCAUAGUCUGUCCCAUGGAGACUGUCAAGGUUAAAUUCAUCCACGACCAGUCUUCAGCCAACCCCAAAUACAGAGGCUUCUACCAUGGAGUCAGGGAGAUCAUCAGAACCCAAGGUAUUAAGGGGACGUACCAGGGCCUGACGGCUACCGUCCUGAAGCAGGGCUCCAACCAGGCCAUCCGCUUCUAUGUCAUGACCUCCCUCAGGAACUGGUACAAAGGGGAUAACCCCAAUAAGGCUAUUAACCCUGUGGUGACGGGAACGUUUGGAGCCGUCGCAGGAGCAGCCAGCGUGUUUGGGAACACCCCCCUAGAUGUCAUCAAGACCAGGAUGCAGGGUUUGGAGGCUCAUAAGUAUAAGAGUACGCUGGACUGUGCCUUGAAGAUCAUGAGACACGAGGGUGUACGAGCGUUCUAUAAGGGGACGGUUCCUCGGCUGGGUCGUGUGUGUCUGGAUGUGGCCAUCGUCUUCAUCAUCUAUGAGGAGGUGGUCAAGGUUCUCAACACGGUCUGGAAGACGGAGUGAGGGGGCGGGGCUGGAGCCUCUUCUGACCUCACUGGGCCAAACACGAUGUGACUGGACAACUGAGCCUUCUACCAGUCUGCGUCUCAAACACCACCUUAUUUCCUAUAUAAAGUAGUGCGCUACUUUUGACCAAUCAGGCUCCUAUCAGGGUCUGGUCAAAAGUAGGGCAUUGUGUAGGGAAUGGAGUGCCAUUUCAGACGCAGCCUACCCAUAACUGUACUCACCAGCUGAGCUGUAAGCGGAGUGAAAACUAUCAUAUGAAUAAUAUCUAUUUGGAUGCAGUGGUCACAAACCCUGGUCCCGGAGAGCUACAAAGUGUACAGGCUUCUGUUCCAUCCCUGCACUAACACACCUGAUUCUUCUAAACAAGGCCUCCAUGAGUUGAAUGAGGUGUAGCGCUAAACUGGGACAAAAUCCUGCACGUAAUGUCACUCUCCAGGACCUGGAUUGAAGAACACUGAAAUAUAUCAUGUGUUUUUUUUAUGUCUACGUAAAUUAAUUACAGUAUCAUAAUGAGUUAACUGUAUGGUAGUGGGUACCAUAUCAUCCUGAGUUAAAGCAUAGUGGUUCUGCCUUGACCUGAGGGUCUAGCUACAGUAACAGUUACAGUAGCAACUACAUGAAUUGUAACUUCUACCCAACCCUCCUUUUGAGAAUGUAUUACCAACCCUUUUAUGCAAUCAUUUUACUUGUGUGAUAUGAUUUUUAUUUUUAUAAUGCAUAUUAUGGUUGACUAUUAAUGUUUAAUUGCUGAGUAUAUUGUUUUACUCAGUUCCAGAUGCCAAGUACAUCCAGUAGCAAGCUGCCAAGUUGUGACAAAUUAUACUAAUUAUUGUCACAGUUCUACUGUAAUACCACUCACCCUUUUGGGCUAGCCAUGGCUAACGUCUUUUUCCUCAAGUGAAACGUAUACAUAGAGUAAUAUAUUCUUACCAAGAGAAGAGAAAAUGGGUAAAUAAUAUAUAUUGAUUCAUAAUAUAUUGAUCAGAGUCUUUUCAAUGUAUUUAUUGAAUGUUGAAUGUGUAGUAAUGAGUCUGUUUGAGACACGCUGUUAUACUGUGCAGUGUUAUGUACAGUUCUAACUUGGAAGCGAAUGCUUCAUGGUGUUAACAUUACAGUACUGUAUGGAUUGGGUGGGUGCAAGAGGUCGCAGCUUUUUCUGUUCCUGUAUGGUAUAUCCACAGAUAGAACAAUGAGACAGAUAUUUCACUGGAUGUAUAAAUAUUAAGCAUCCACUUGGUGUUUCCAUUCACUACCAAAUAUGGUAGUGAGAGAAACCCCACUGGUGCGCAGUGGUAGAAAAUGGAACGAGAUGGAUUUUGGCCUACAUUCUGCAAAUGCUCUCAUCGAUUAAACAUUUGAUCUCAAUACAGUUUUCUGUUCCCAAAACUAUAAUCUGUUAUGAAUAGAGUUGACUAAGUUUUGUAGACUUUAGCCAUCGCACAAGCGAAUUUCACAGAGUAGGUGUUCCCUAACGGAAAUAUGCAGAUAUUUGCUAGAACGGGCCAAUAGGAUCUCGCUAGCUCGUGCUUGGCUCUGCCCACCUCCUUGCUUGUUCUGCCCACUAUGACUCAUAUGUUCCCAUCGGAAACAACAGGCUGUGGUCCAUCUUGGUUAAGUUAUAAAAAAUCUUUGGUAUAUCACUACUGGUCGCCAUUCGGGCUCAACCAUACAGUAACUCAGUUUCCCAGCUCAGAUUGCCUCCUGCCACAGAUGGUUGCAUUCCAGACAGUUCAGCAUUGUUCUGAGAUGGAAACUUGAGGGAACCUUCCCAUUCCAUUUUCCCACAUUCAUAUCAUUCUAGAGGCCUUUGUUGUCAAAAUGGCACCACAUGUAACAUAAUCCUUGACAUUAUGUUACAAUUGGUGCCAUUUUGGGGGUUGUUUUAGUUCUAACUUCAUGAGGAAAACCAUUUUGAAACCAUUACAAUGUAUUUUUCUUUAUCAAUCUCAUCUGGGUUUUCAGGGUCUUGAUCAUAAAGUGUAUUUUGCCACAAUCAUCAAUUGCUAUGUGUUGUAGUCAUGGUAACAUAUAUUAUUAUGUAAGAGCAUUCUGAAUCUGCACAAAUAUCUGCCCUGACGAUUGUGGUCAAAUCUAUAACAAGAAAAUAUGGCUUUAUUUAGCAUCGGUGGAAUAGAAAAUGAAACGCAUUACUUUGCUUUUAGAGCCUUUGUGUUGUCGGUAACAGUAUACGGACUGUUUUGACUCUGCUUUUACAUAGUGUUGUAUAUACAACAUGUACUGUAAGGUAUGGGAGGCCUCAGUCUCCUCACCAUAUACUGUCUAAAAUAUCAUCAUCUCACCAUCAGAAUUAAAUGGAUGUCAUUCCAAAUUCCUAGAGGAAUGCACUGUGUUUCUUACGUUAUUAUAACCUCUAAAUCUAAGGUGGUAUUACACCAAGAACCAAUAAAUAACCACUGUCUUUGCA